AUGGAGAGGAUACAAGCGACUCCUAGUCCGGCAUCCACCUACUGCACCUCCCAGUACUCGCCGCUGAGAAGAUCUCAGCGCCUAAUCGACAAGGAAAACCGGGAGUCGCAGAAGAUCCUCCCAACUUGCCGAUCUCCUCAAUUGUUUGGGAACACUGAAGAUGAGUAUAGUGAACUUUUAUUGCAGCAGGAGAAACCUCCGUCGAAAGUUGUCCAUUUGAAGCCUGUCGAUAAAGUAGUGCACCUAGGAUCUUCAGAAAAAGUUGUCCCCCCGGAGCCAUCCAAUAAAGUGGUCCACCUGAAGCCUUCGGAUAAGAUUAUCCACCUAAAGCGGCAGAUUGAGAUCAAUAGUCAAGCGAAGAAUAAGAAUGAGGUACAGAAUGCUGGUCCUACGAGGACUUCCCAAAGGAAGAGGAGCUAUCAGGCCACCCCCAAAAAGCGGGGGCCAAAGCCCAAGCAACCAGGUCAGACGAAGCCUAAAAAACGUCAGUCACAAGUUCAGGACGAUAAUCUAGGGAUCUCACCCUCUCCAUCGAAGCUGCCCCUACAAUAUCCAGCACAUUUUGUUCAUCAACUGCCGCCCGCAGAGGACACUGCCAAUCUUCGUUCUUCAUCAGCUCCGGCCACCCAUCUCCUUCGCUUUUCGCCAACACCCGAGGACACCCCAGAUGCAGCGACUCAUUGUGGACUUCUAAGCAAAUCGCCAUCGGAUUUCGAAUCUGAUAUCUCAAUGAACAUCUCCCUGAGUGACUCCAUUGGCGAGAUUUUCGGUACCAAGGAUUUGAGCUGCAUUCUGGAGGUGCAGCGCCCACGUCAAUAUAUUCUGCUGGAGGAUCACCUGCCCUCCUUGGCCACCAUGCUGAAUGUGGACCUAGAUCGCCUGCGCAAUGUCCUGGAAAUAACUCAGGGUUUGACCCACGAGCAGAUCCUGCACCUGCCGGUAAAGCAGGAAGUGGAGGAAACAGAGGAUCAGUUGAACUAAUAUGGUCCGUUUUUCUUAUAGUUAAGUUCCUUGCUACUGCAAAUACAAAAUGUUUCCACUUUGAA